UGUGAUUUUCUGUAUUUUUGUGGGCGCGCACCGUGCGGAGUACGUGGCACUAAUGAUGCCGUGAACGCUGCACAAUUAAAUCUAAUUAUUUGAAUGUAUUAUAAUUGCCCUACAUCGAAUAAAUUUAACGUCGCACAACAACAACAAACAUUGAAAAGCGCACACGCGAGAUGACAGCCACGCUACGUUACCGAGGCGAUAAGAGCAAUUUGCUUGAACUGGCCAAGAAUCUUGAUGCAUUUAAAAAGGUGCCCGAGAAGUACACAGAAACAACGGAAAUUGGCGGCACACUAUCGCUGGUUAGCCGUUUGCUCAUCAUUUAUCUGGUUUAUACGGAACUGCGUUACUAUUGGCAUGAAACAGACAUUAUUUAUCAGUUCGAGCCAGACAUAGCGCUGGAUGAGCAGGUGCAGAUGCAUGUUGACAUCACAGUGGCAAUGCCCUGCGCUUCACUGUCUGGCGUCGAUCUAAUGGACGAGACGCAGCAGGAUGUCUUUGCCUAUGGCACGCUGCAGCGCGAGGGAGUCUGGUGGAAAAUGUCAGAUUCGGAACGUGCGCACUUCCAAAGCAUACAACUCACCAAUCACUAUCUGCGCGAGGAGUAUCAUUCCGUAGCGGAUUUACUCUUCAAGGACAUUCUACGUGACCGCCACGAAACGCACACCGAAAAGACAACGGGGCCAGAAAAGUCACCGGCUCCGGCUGGCGCUAUGCCAGCUGCAAUGCAAUUACAUCAAGCACACCAAACACCUGAAAUCAAAUACGAUGCUUGCCGCUUGCACGGCACGCUGGGCAUCAAUAAAGUGGCCGGCGUCCUACAUUUGGUGGGAGGUGCACAACCCGUUGUGGGCCUCUUUGAGGACCACUGGAUGAUUGAGUUUCGACGCAUGCCGGCUAAUUUCACGCAUCGCAUUAAUCGGUUGAGCUUUGGCCAGUAUUCGCGCCGCCUUGUACAGCCCCUGGAGGGCGAUGAAAGGAUUAUCACUGAAGAGGCUACCACGGUGCAGUACUUUUUGAAGAUAGUGCCCACAGAAAUCGAGCAAACCUUCUCUACCAUCAACACCUUCCAAUACGCGGUGACGGAAAAUAUGCGAAAGUUGGACUCUGAACGCAACUCAUAUGGCUCACCGGGUAUAUACUUUAAGUACGAUUGGUCGGCUCUCAAAAUUGUAGUGCGCAAUGACCGGGACCAUUUGGUUACCUUCGCAAUACGCCUCUGCUCUGUCAUAUCGGGCAUAAUUGUCAUUUCGGGUGCUGUAAACGCGUUGCUGGUAAACAUCCAGCGACGACUGCUACGUAUCUUUGCACCGGGCGUAUAUCAACGCAUGUCAGCCGCGCCGCAGCCACCAGCAGCGACACAUGGACAUCGCACAUUAGCAGGACCUGCGACAACAGCCGCUGCAGCAGCUCCAGUACCUGGCAUUAGUAUAGGCAACGAAUUGCUCAACACUGCGAAUUUAAUGGCCAGUGUCGAUAUAUCGGCGUAUUUGCCGACGGCGCCACCCAAGCCUAGCAUUUAGCAUCAAAUUUCCUGCUACGAUAACAACAGGACAGCGACAGCAACAAGAAAUUGAAUAUACGAGUUCAUAUUGUAGUCUCGAACGGUCACAAAAGUCUACGGAAAUCAACCUUAAAAGUUGCUGUUUAUAUGACAUUCCUGCAAUUUUUUGAUUGGUUUCUCUCAUUUGAUUUCAUUUUUAUUAUUGUACGUAUGUAUGUAAUCUAAUUUAAUAUUAAGCAUAAAGUUGUACAUAAAUAUA